AUGAGAGGAAUGCUAACACAGUUCACAGACUAAAUAGCAAAUACUUUUUUUAAGUUACGUUGUUGUCACGGUUUAAAGUGAGGCUUUGUGUCGUAAUGUUGCCAAUAAACACCGUGUGUUUUAGGAGCCAGACCAGCUUUAGAAGUCAUUUCGCGGCUCUUUUUCAGCUGUCGAGGCUAAGGGAUAAAGCUAACGUUGCACACUUCAGUCAUUCUGCAGGACUGUCAGCACAAACAUGCAGGGCACUUCAGUACAAAAAGCACGGAGACCCUUCUCAAGUCGUCCAGUUGGAUGAUGUGGACCUUCACCCCAUGGGUGCCAAAGACGUGCUUGUUAAAAUACUGGCUGCUCCUAUUAACCCAUCUGAUAUCAACAUGAUUCAAGGUACAUAUGCUAUCCUGCCUGACCUUCCUGCUACUGGGGGCAACGAGGGGGUGGCCCAGGUUAUAGAGGUGGGCAGUCAGGUGACAUCCUUAAAAACUGGAGACUGGGUCAUUCCAAAAGAUGCUGGUCUAGGUACGUGGAGGACAGCAGCAGUUCUGUCGGAAGACGAUGUCAUCUCACUGCCAAAUGACAUUCCCUUGUUGGCUGCAGCCACACUGGGUGUAAACCCCUGUACUGCUUACAGAAUGCUUUGUGACUUUGAAGAUCUCAAGCCAGGAGAUUCAGUGAUUCAGAAUGCGGCGAACAGUGGAGUUGGACAGGCUGUGAUACAGAUAGCUGCUGCUAGAGGACUAAACACUAUUAAUGUGGUCAGAGACAGGCCAGAGUUCACACAGCUCAGCGAUAGGCUAAAGGUCAUUGGAGCCACUCAUGUGAUUAAGGAAGAGACACUUAGGCGGCCUGAAAUGAAGGAACUGUUCAAAACUUGUCCAAAGCCUAAACUAGCACUGAAUGGAGUUGGAGGCAAAAGUGCAACUGAACUGCUUCGUCAUUUACAGGUUGGGGGAUCCAUGGUGACAUAUGGAGGCAUGGCCAAACAGCCUGUAACUGUUCCAGUGAGUGCCCUUAUUUUCAAAGAUGUGAAAGUUCGAGGAUUUUGGGUCACUCAGUGGAAGAGAGACCAUUCACAUGAUGGCAGCGCAUUCAGAGACAUGUUGGAUGAGCUUUGCUCCCUCAUCAGGCAGAAAAAGCUGACAGCCCCUGUUUGCACUGAGGUGAACCUCCAGGAGUACCGCAGAGCACUGGACGCAGCCAUGCAGCCUUACACCUCUGCUAAACAGGUCCUGAUCAUGUGAACAGUCUGCUGUCAUCAACGCAUGAAGUCAAACCAGGACAUUAUUCUUCACCACCUCAUGCAAAUAUGUUGCUCAAGAAUAAAUUAAAUGAAUAUAUCCUCGCCUCAGGCUCAUA